AUGGCGGUCGCGUUGCGGGGCUCCUCCGAGCGCGGGGCGCGCCUCCUUGCCCUCUCGCUGCUGCUGCUGCUGGCGGCCACGGGCCAGGCGAGAGACGUACCCGGGCGGCUGGUGCGCCUUCCCGUCUCCGCUCCAGACGUGCAGGUUGCGGUGGCGUUCGCUGUGAAGGCUUACAACGAGGCCAGCGCCAAGUCCUUUUACAGCCGGGCGCUGCGGGUGCUGUUGGCGUCUCACCAGAUGGUGGCAGGUAGUUUGUAUUAUCUGACAAUCGAGCUGGUGAACACAACGUGUGAAAAGAAUGAGAGGGCACAACUGAUGCCAGCGGACCUGGAGCGAUGCCCAUUGCCCCCAAAGGCAGAGCAGCAGAAAGAAAUCUGCAAAUUUCAGAUCUGGACUCGUUCUUGGCUAAGUGACACCCGUUUGACACAUAUGAGCUGCGAACCCACUCAUUCUUGAGUCGCACACCUGACUGCUAGUGAGAAGAGCCUGUGCCACUGAAUUCUUGGCAGUUAGGCCAAGCUGCCUGCCCUCCGUUACUGCCUCCAGAAUUCACCUGGCGGAGAUGAGAAGACAGGGUCUGGAGUUUUGCCUGCUAGUUGAUCACACGGAAGCCAAACAUGAUGUUCCUCUCGUAGUCUUUAAGGUGCCACCAACACAAUUUACUUCCAGCAUAAGCUUUCGUGGACCACGGCUCGAGAUGCAAAAACAGAUUGUGGCUUUAUCUUCCUCACAUCUGUCAAGAGGUUAAUUCUGCAACUGCUCCUCUUUGUGUACCCACCAGAACCUUGAAUGUUUAUUUAUUCAUUUACAUUAUUUAUAGUUUGCCUUUCUCACUGAGACUCAAGGCAGAUUACAGUGUGUAAUUCAAUACGGUCAAACGUGGAAUAAAAUGUGCAAGGGUGCUGUUUUAUUGUUCACAACAAAAUAGCCCAGUA